AUGCAGCUUGAGGCCAGCACCCAGGAAUGUGAAUGGGAACAGGAAUGUGUAUGGGAACAGGAAUGGGAAUGGAAACAGGAAUGUGUAUGGGAACAGGAAUGGGAAUGGGAACAGGAAUGUGUAUGGGAACAGGAAUGUGAAUGGAAACAGGAAUGUGUAUGGGAACAGGAAUGGGAAUGGAAACAGGAAUGUGUAUGGGAACAGGAAUGGGAAUGGGAACAGGAAUGUGUAUGGGAACAGGAAUGUGAAUGGAAACAGGAAUGUGAAUGUGAAUGGGAACAGGAAUGUGUAUGGGAACAGGAAUGGGAAUGGAAACAGGAAUGUGUAUGGGAACAGGAAUGUGAAUGGGAACGGGAAUGGGAAUGGGAACAGGAAUGGGAAUGGGAACAGGCAUUGAAAUGGGAACAGGAAUGGGAAUGGGAACAGGAAUGGACAUGUAAACAGGAAUGGGAAUGGAACAGGAAUGAGAAUGGAACAGGAAUUGUGAAUGUGAACAGAAAUAUCCCUAUCAAGGCAGGAUUUUCAAACUUCAAGAAACGACCGAAGCUUCCAGGAGGUUUUGCGGAAUCCUCACACUCAAAGGGGUUUCAAGCCUAA